AUGGUCGCUCCGGGCACGUGGAAGUUAUCGGAUCCGAUUUGGUUGACGAGGUUCAAGCUGCACCACCGUGGCGUUAACGAGUACCGAAGCCGCCGCCUUCUUGUGGCCGGGGAUGCGGCGCACAUCCACAGCCCGGCGGGCGGCCAGGGCAUGAACACGGGUAUUCAAGACUCCAUCAAUCUCGGAUGGAAGCUCGCCCGAGCUAUACAGAAUCCAGGCGAGGGCAGCGAGGCCUUGUUAGACAGCUACAGCACGGAAAGGCAACGGAUCGGCCAGCACCUGCUCGACGGCACCGACAGGAUCUUUAGCUACGCGACGUCCACGAGCCGUUUCUGGACCCUGUGGCGGCAUUUUGUCAUCAAGUGGCUGAUGCCGUUCGCGCUCCGGAUCAAGCCGCUGCGCGCGAGAGCGUUUCGGUUUAUCUCGGAGCUUGGAAUUAGGUAUCGACACAGUCCCCUUGUUGGGACGUCGGCAAAAUAUCGCGGCAAGCUCAAGGGCGGAGAUAGGGCGCCGGACGGGUUAGUCGAGUUUGGCGAUGGACAUCCCCCAGCCUUCCUCAUGCGUCAUCUGAGUCCGGAGAAACACCAUCUUCUCCUCUUCUCUGGCCGGGGUGCGCAGAGCGUUGGUGCUGAAAUCCUCGAGGAGCACGGAGGGCGUCUGCUCGCCUGGCUCCAGGAGAAGCAGCCGGCCUCCGCGGAAUGUUACAAAAUAUACGAUUCGGACAAGGGGAUGUAG